AUGUCUUUUCCUCAGCGCUUCACCCUUCUGGAUGGCACAGAAAUACCGACUAUUGCUUGGGGCAAUGGAAGCGGCGAUGCGGCAGAGACCGCUAUCGUCUCCGGAGAGAUUGCGCUCAGGGCUGGCUUGCGUCACAUUGAUACCGCUCAAAUGUACAAGAACGAGAAGCAGACUGGGCAGGCCAUCACGAACGCAGGGGUAUCCAAAGCCGACGUUUAUGUUGGCAGCAUGAUGAUGAUUGCCAGUCCCGAUGAAAAGCCCCUUCCGCUCUCCGAGGUCCGCUCUUCCGUCCAGGAGACCAUCGCACGUCUGGGUUUUCAACCCAAUGUCCUCCUCUUGCACGACCCCUUCGUUCCAGAACCGGGAAAGCUGGUCGAAUUCUGGCAGAUCUUGGAGGAUAUGAAGGACAAGGGUGAACUUACAGCCUCUCUGGGUGUCUCUAAUUUCCGGCCUCAAGACCUCGAAGCCAUCCUCAAGGUUUGUAAGUAUAAACCAGUAGUCAACCAACUGGAAUACCACCCCUUCGUUCUGAACCACCUCCAACCCGUUCUCGAUAUUCAUGCCACACACGGGAUCCGUACGGUAGCCUAUGGCCCUUUGAGUCCCAUCCUCCGCCAUCCCUCGCGCGGCGGCCCCCUCAGGCCGAUUAUUUCUCGUAUCGCAGCGCGCAUCUCUGCAGAGUACGGCAAGCCCAUCGGCGAGGCGGAGGUGCUGCUGCUUUGGACGGUAGGCACGGGAGCUGUGGCAGUCUCUGCUUCCGGGAACCCCAAGAACAUCAAGAGUCUCGCAGAACUCUACAGUGGGAAGGUCCCAACCUUGACGGGAGAGGAGAUUGAGGAGAUCACUGAAGUUGGGAAGAAAAUUCAUUGGCGCAACUAUCGCAUUCAUAUGGAAGUUGACUUCCCUCUGCCCAACUUGCCUGAAGACAUCUGA